AUGUAGAAUCCCAAGGUUUCUUAUCUCCCCACUUCUAAUAACGAUCAGAUUUAAGCAUAAAUGAUAAGUCAAUCACCUCAAACAAUAGAUAAGGACGUUCCACAAUGGAAACUGAAUCGUAUGCUUGUCAAAUAAGACCCAUAAUACAAGUCAUUCUACUCAAGCUUUUACAUUGAAAAGGAUGGAGUUAUCUCACUUUCACUCAAGGACAUGACUAUAUUGUGCAACAUGAUUAUUACAUGUGCACUUCUGGGAAUGCUCUACGAAUCUUGCAAAGCUGGAACAUUUGUUUGUGAAUACGGAAGAUUCCCUUACAUCUCUGAAAUUAUCAAGCAAACUAUGUAUGUGAGAAUCUAUAUUUUCUUGACUGCUGUUUACAUGUUUGGAGUGCAUCAACUAAACAUAAGAGCCUUCCAUAAGAAGCUACAUGGUGUAAUCACAAGAUUCCACAAUGAUAUAAUUAUGCAUGUUGGUUUUGCCUCGACUCUAGCCUUACCUUUGAUAGGUCUAUUCGAUAUGGAUUUAUGGCCUGCCUCCCAUGGAAUGAUUUCUCUUAUUUUCUUCUUGACUUUUGGAGGCUAUUGUAUUAUGCUCUCUUAAGCACUAUCCUCAAAUAUUGACAAGUUUCCAGAGUCUGACUAGAGAGGGAUCAAAAUUAUUAGAUGGGCUUCAUAUGGACUCUUCUUCACAAUCCUGGCAUUUUUCGUAGCAUUUAAAUAUGUUCCAUUGGGCCCAACUGCUUACAUUGAGUGGUUCAUGACCCUAUACUUUAUAAACAUAUUCACAAUCACCUCAUUCACCAAUCAAUUCUAUGAUUCAGUCCAUGAUCCAUCAACUGACUGA